UAUCCAGUGUUGACUUCAAAACCAAAAACACAUCAAUUCAUUACUGAUUACAUGCUUUAAUUGUGGUUAACCUAACACAUAUGUUAUGGAGAGUGAUAAUUCUGUGAGUGAAUCAGUCGAUGAGAAGAUACUGCUUAAAAAGAAUCAAAUCACAAAGAGAAAAAGAAGGAGUAAAGACGGUGAUGUCAACAGUGGCAAGAAUAAGAGAAGAACAUUGCUGAACGUCACCGAUUGGAAGGAAAAAGGACAUAAAGUUGUUAAGGAAACUAAAAAAAUACUCCCAGAGGAUGAAUCAGAAAGUGAAUCCAAUAAUGAAGCAAGUGAGAGAGAAGAGGAGGAGGAUUAUGCGGCAAUAAAGGAAGAACUGUCAAACCUGUCUUUUGAAGAACUAAAGAAAUUAAAGGAAAAACUGGGACUCAAAGUAUUUAACCAAGUGUUACAUGGUGAAAGAGGUGAAAGCUCAAUUGACAGGAAAGCGUUUAAAAGGGCAAACAAAAACAGACCAAUGGAAAUGUCAUCAAAGAAGCAGGUUCCAAGAUAUAAGAAAUCUGUCCCUGUGAAGAAAAAGGUAACUAGAGACCCGAGAUUUGAUGAUCUUUCUGGCCAGUUUAAUGAUGAACUCUUCAGCAGAAGUUACGGAUUUCUCAGUGACAUAAAACACAGGGAAAUAGAGAGGAUUCAGAAAACACUUAAGAAAGAGAAAAACCCCGAGAAGAAAAAAGAACUUCAAUACUUACUAAACAGAAUGAAACAACAAGAGCUCUCUGCUGGCAAAAAGGAGCAGCAGAAAAGGAUAGAACGAGACUGGAAGAAGAAGGAGCAAUCCCGUGUCAAAGAGGGCAAGACUCCAUUCUACCUCAAAAAAUCUGAAAGACGAAAAUUGGAGUUGGCUGAAAAGUACAAAGAAUUGCAGAAAUCAGGGAAAGUAGAUAAAUAUCUUGGAAAGAAAAGGAAGAAAACAGCUCAAAAAGAGAAGAAAAAAUUACCUGCUCAAGCGCUUUCAUAAUAAAAUUCAUUGAGUUUUGUGUUAA